GGCUCUCCUGUUGGCUUUUUCCUUCCAGCGGGCAAUUGUCAGAUGCUUGCGAGCCCUCGCUUCUGGAGAUCUGGCUAAGGGCUGGUCGGCUUUGGCCGGAUCAAAUUCAAUCCAACACUCGAAUGCAAGUCGACUGGACCCCCUUAACCUGCCUACCCCUUGGGGCAGACUACAAACUUGAUCAUUGAUCAUGCCAUGGGAAGAGGGCUUUUCUGAUACCGGGACUGGUCGCAGGAGUAUCCGAAAAACUUGCUCUGUCUUAAUUUUUAUUGUCGUGUUCUUUGCUUUGGUUUUGCACAUUCAUUUUGGGACUGGGUUUGGGUUACGACAUGACUGGACGACCACAGAUACGAGGGAUGGUGACGAGAUGUCAGGUAAUGAUCAACAUGGCCACAAUGGCCCGUCUAAGAAACCAGACCUGUCAAGAGAUGACGGGCGGUUCUUGCUUGAUGCUGCUUGGAACUAUACUGCACCUCCCACAAUUCGUGUCUACCAUUGGACAAUAUCGGAAGUCCUGGCUUCACCUGGAGCUAUGCCGAAACCUGUUUUGGUCGUUAACGGUCAAUCUCCGGGACCCACCAUUCGAGCCAAUCUUGGUGAUCGUAUCAUCGUUAAAGUGAAGAAUCUGCUGAGAAAUGUCACGGCCAUUCAUUGGCAUGGACUGUAUCAGAAUGGGACGAACUACUUUGAUGGGACCUAUGCGAUCACCCAAUGCGGUAUCCCUGCGAAUGGGGGGACAUUCACCUAUAGUUUCAUCGUUCAAAAUGUUGGUACAUAUUGGUGGCAUGCCCAUUACUCUACGCAGAGCACAGACGGUUUGUACGGCGCACUUAUUUUGCACUCGCCCCAUGAAAUUUUCCGCCGUGCUGUUCAUUAUGACCAAGAUGUAGUCGUUAUGAUUGGGGAUUAUUACUCGACUUAUUCCGAAAUCCUUUUGAAACGGUUUCUCCGGUAUGGUACUGGGAUUGAUGGCCAACCUGGAGACGAACCAUCUCCGGACGGUGGCGUAAUCAACGGUAUUUCGCAGGCAAGAUGCGCCUACAUUCCUGCCACCGAUUUGACCCUCCCUGAGCGGCGAAGCGGAGGAUUUUUGUCUUCGGUUGACGGGGACGCGAGUCGAUCACCUCCCGGUCAGCUGGAACAGCCUGUCAUCAACGAGAUAAACGAUUGUGCUUCAAAUGCGGACAUUAAUUACCCCAUUUUACCAUUAGAAGGGGGGAAAUCGUACCGCUUUCGAGUUAUCAACGUUGGGAGCCUGACAAGUAUGGCAUUCUCGAUUGACAAGCAUUCCAUGAGUAUUGUCGAGGCCGAUGGCGUCGAUGUGGAGCCCAGGAUCACAGAGCGGCUUGUUGUGGGCAUUGCCCAGCGAUACAGCGCUGUUGUAAGCCUUGACAGGAAAGCCUCUGCGUACUGGAUCAGAGCAGUGAUGGAGACGAAUUCACUACGAUAUAACAAUCCAAAUCUUAAUCUCACUACUCUCGGGAUAUUGAGAUAUGAUGGUGUGGCAGCUGGCACUAAACCUCCGGAGACCCCCGCACCGUUGUCCCCUAGGUCGCUAUCGGACGACAAAGACUUUGUACCCGCUGGGAGACUAGAUGCUCCCAAAGCAACUAAGGUGGUCAGUGUAACUGUCUCCAUGCAGUACGAUGUGAAUGGAGAUUAUCGCUCCUUCUUCAAUAAUACUUCGUGGGAGCCUUUGACAUCCACCUCAACAUUACUUGAAAUUUCCCGCGUAGCAAAUUCACUGUCAUACCACCACCCGGAUCAGCUUCUUGUGUCAACACGAGGUGUGGAGACAAUAGACCUCAUCGUCAACUCCCUCGAUGAUGGGGACCAUCCUUUCCAUUUACACGGGCAUACAUUUUUCAUCGUCGGGUGGGGAGCAGGGAGAUAUAUUGGUCAAGCACUCAGCCAUAUAUCUCCAAUGAGACGCGAUACAGUGAUUAUACCUAAGUAUUCUUGGAUGGCGCUCAGAUUCACGGCGGAUAACCCUGGAGUCUGGGCCUUUCAUUGUCACAUAUCGUGGCAUGCGGAAGCUGGACUAGUGAUGCAGUUCGCCAACCUGGCCAACCAGCGCCAUUUGAGCAUACCGCCUGAUGUGGAAGCCCUGUGUCGAAAUGACUAAGUGUAGCCCAUGUUAUUAGUAAUAAUGUUGCUUCUGUGUUCAAGGAUGCAGUUUUUCCUGAUAUUGCCUGCGGAUUCUGUCGUAGUCUGUGCUCUCGUCCGACUCUCGCGCCCACUUCCGUUCGCUCUGAACCAAAUAUCUCGUGCUAUCAUGGGCAAUAUUUAUAUCGAUGUUGUCAACGUGUUUGCGCUGGAACUGUGGGUCCUUGCCAU